CGUUCUGGAUCGGAAGCCAAUUCAUAGGACCGGUAGUGCAAAGCUCCUGAGCUGUUUCCGGCCACCUCAGCGGUAGGCAGAGACGCAAGUAGCCGGAUCUUUGGGAACUGAGGUAGAGCUGUAAACUGCUAACGCAGCGGAGGAAGUGAGGACGACGCCUACGGUCGUCCCGGCCAACGUUGGGUCCCUGUAGUCUGUGAAGAUGGUGUUGCUAACGAUGAUCGCCCGAGUGGCGGACGGGCUUCCUCUGGCCGCCUCUAUGCAGGAGGACGAACAGUCUGGCCGGGACCUUCAACAGUAUCAGAGUCAGGCUAAGCAACUCUUUCGAAAGCUGAAUGAACAGUCCCCUACCAGAUGUACGUUGGAAGCAGGAGCCAUGACUUUUCACUACAUUAUUGAGCAGGGUGUGUGUUACUUGGUCUUGUGUGAAGCUGCCUUCCCUAAGAAGUUGGCUUUUGCCUACCUAGAAGAUUUGCACUCAGAGUUUGAUGAACAGCAUGGGAAGAAGGUGCCCACUGUGUCUAGACCCUAUUCCUUUAUUGAGUUUGAUACCUUCAUUCAGAAAACCAAAAAGCUCUACAUUGACAGUCGUGCUCGGAGAAACCUUGGCUCCAUCAACACUGAAUUGCAAGAUGUGCAGAGGAUCAUGGUGGCCAAUAUUGAGGAAGUGUUACAACGGGGAGAGGCACUCUCAGCAUUGGAUUCAAAGGCUAACAAUUUGUCCAGUCUGUCCAAGAAAUACCGCCAGGAUGCGAAGUACUUGAACAUGCGUUCCACUUACGCCAAACUUGCAGCAGUAGCUGUAUUUUUCAUCAUGCUAAUAGUGUAUGUGCGGUUCUGGUGGCUGUGAACUAGCGAAUCCGGUCCCUGACAAGGAGAACGUAGAACCUGGCAGGUGUGUGUUUUCAGGAAGCUGAGCUCACAGGGAUGUGUAUUAGAAUCCACAUUAGAACCCAUGUGGAACUUCUGCCUCUAAAGACCUUGCAAGAAAAGUUGUGUCCUGAAAAUGAAAGGUCACACCUCAUUUAAUGACGCUUAACCCUAGGUAGGAAGUCUCUUUUAGGGGCAGAGGCUUUCUCUGGGCGCUAAGCCAUAUAUGUUAGGGAACAGUAGAUUGUUUCAUUUUGUUUUUUCCCUCCCAGUGUUUUGUAUUUUUUAAACAGCACUGACUGGGACAUUCUCAUUCUGUAAUGGAGCCAUCAGUGAGAUUUGGCUUAACUAGCCUUUGCUAGCGAAAUUCUGAAAUUCCUUCAGAAAAGACAGCCCUAUGGGAAGUUUUUGAUUCUAAUCAACAUUCCUUUUGUUGGUGACAUUUCUGAUUUUCUCUAAACUGACUUUUUGAUGGUCUUUCAAACAAGACUCCAGUAUGUGAAGGUUAAUUGCUGUGCUGCACAAAACUUGUCUAUUGGCCCCUGUAGGAAGUUAACCCUUACUUUCCUUUUAUGAUAUUUUGCUAUUGCACAAUUGCUUUAGGAUUAAAUGAAUUAUAUUAUGAUGCCUUGAAUUGUAUUAUAGCAGUCCUUGAUUAAGAAGCUAAAAUGUUUUCUGUCAUUUAUUCCUUAAACAAAAGACUUAGUUUGGGACAGUCUUAAUUUUAUUUUUCACCAUCUGGUUUAUAUUAAUAUAAGAGAGCAUAUAGCAUGUGGAGAGUCAGAGGCACUUAGCUUAAUGAGAAGAAAGACCCAGCUCGUAACUACAGCUUUGCUCAGCCCCUUCCUCACUUUCCCCACUACGGUUUUCCUGUUCUUUGUUUUCCUCCUGCCAUAAUUUGCCAACUUUUAAAAAAUUCCCCUGUUCCCAAUAGUUUCAUGUCCCAUAAACAUCCUCUCAGGAUAGUCUCAAAUUUCAAAAUGGGAAACGUUCAGCUGUGUAGUGAAUUAAAUUUAAAGUUUUUGUGGAACUACUAAACUACUACAUAGAUUUAUAUAAGCAAGUCUUUCAGAGCACCUUACUCCUGUUUCAGUUAAUGUAAAUUUUCUAAGAAUGCUCUAGAGACAGGUAACUCAUUUACAGUGGCUUCUGUUAACUAACAAAAGUACCUAUGAUUUUUCCCUUUUUUGCUCAGGGAUAAUGGGGAUUUCCUUUACCUUCUGAGGUAGAAUUUUUUAAAUGGUGAGAAUAGGCCUUUUGAACAUUAUCACAAGGUUCUACAAUAUAACCUCUAAGUCCUAUACAUACUGCAGAUAUUUCUUUACAUUAUAUAAGAAAAUGAGCCAACUUAUCUCAACAUCUUUGAAAAGAACUUUAACUAGUAAGCAAUUUUCUAACUCUAAGGGGUCAUCCAAGCUACUGCCCUGAUUCCUCGUAGAGAAAAAAUUCUUGCUUAUAAUAAGGCAGGGAGAAAUGCUUAUUAUAUUCCUGAUAAUUUACAGAACUAAAAUAAAAAGAUUUCUUUUUCCAUUUGAGGCCUAAAUCUGCCAAUUUGAGUUUUGUGCAUGAAAUACGAAGUUACUUUUUAUAGAGAGUAAGUGCUUUUAAGUCCUUAAAAGGCUUUGUCUCUAAGUAAUAAAUAAUGUUGGUAAUAAAAGCCCCUGAAAGGCUGAACCCUAAGUAGUGGUACCAUCACAUUUGGUGCAUCUGUAGGAAUGAAGAGUGGCAGCUCAUCGAGAGUUGCAUGCUGCAUCCUCAUGGUCAGCAACGAAAUAAAUACUUCUAGAAUGUUCACUUCAGUGUGGAGUUUUGUUAUCUAGUUAACUUAUUGUAUACACAUGGGUUCAUUAAAAAAUGAGAAGUGGUGGGAGAAAUGAUAAACAAAAGAAUAAGAAAAUACUUUAAGAUUGUGGAGGUAGACAAAUGCGAAAACAAGGCUAUCAUAAGGCUCCUACUUCUGUUCUUUAGAGGAGAUAGUAGGAAGAUCUGACUAGGUGAAAUGUGUCAGCAGCCCAACAGGCAUCUCAAGUAGAAUACAGUGCUAUAGAGGCACAUUAGAAAGGACACCUAAUUUGCUUUUGGGAAGGAGUGUGGUGAGGGAAGACUUUCUAAAGAAGAAGGAGAACGGGACAUUUUAGGCAGAGUCAGUAGCAUGUGCAAAGGCAUGAGCUGAGAGAAUGAGGCACAUUUUGGGGAGUGUAAUGACUUGGUUCAGCUUAACUCUGAGGGUGAACAUAGGGAGGUGAGAAGACAGGAAGAAGGAGGCUGGUGCACUAUCAUAAAGGGACUUGUCUCCCAUGCCAAGGAGUUUAGACUACAAUAAUGGCUGUGGCAAGGGAUGGCAUCAGAUUUAUAGUUUCCAAUGAUUACUCUGGCCAUAAUGUAAAGAUAUAUUAAAGAGGAACAAGCCUAGAAGUAGGGCGGUGAAUCUAAGGAGCCAUCAAAGGCAAAAUGAAACACAGGAGACAUUUUAAGCAAUUUUUGAGAGUGGUCAGAGGUGCCAGAUAAUAACUACUGCUUACAUCUUGCUUUCUUUGUAUUGGGAGCUUAUUUAAUGCUCACAUUGUCUGUUUAAAGUAAGUACUCUUCACACCAUUUUAUGAAUGAAGAAACGUUACAAAGAAUAGUGCUCUGAGACACAGAAAAGUUAAGAAAUUUGCCCAAAGGCACCAAGCUGGGAAGUGGUUAGAGCCGACUUGAACUUAGGCAAUUUGGCAGUCCAAAGUCUUUGCUUUUAACCACUAUUAAGCACUGGACUAUACCACCGAGAGGUCAAAUAAGUCCCCCAAAAUGUAUUUUGAAUUUUUAACAACCAGGAACUUAAUACUCCAGAGAAGUGGGAACAGAAGCCAGUUUGCACAGGGUUGGGGAUCGUGUUAACGAGUAAGAAGUGAAGACGCCGUUCUUACAAGUAGCUUUUCUGGUUAUAGUGGCACAAUAUUAAAAAAAAAAAACGGUUCUGACUCAUGGCCGCCACAUGCGUCUCAGAGUAGAGCUGCGCUCCAUAGGCUUUUCAAUGGCUGUGACCUUUCAGAAGUAGAUUGCCAGGGCUUUCUUCUGAUGCUUCUUUGGAUGGAUCCAAACAACCAACCUUUUAGUUGGCAGCUGAAGGCUUAACUGUUUGCACCACCCAGGGACUGCACAACAUUUUUUUUUUUUAAUUGUGCUUUAAGUGAAAGCUUACAAAUCAAGUCAGUCUCUCAUAAAAAUUUAUAUAUACCUUGCUAUAUACUCCUGGAAAUCCUGGUGGCACAGUGGUUAAGUGCUACAGCUGCUAACCAAGAGGUUAGCAGUUUGAAUCCACCAGCCGCUCCUUGGAAACUAUUGGGCAGUUCUACUCUGUCCUAUGGGGUCGCUUUGAGUCGGAAUCAACUCGACGGUGGUGGGUUUGGCUUUUUUGGUUGGUAUAUACUCCUAGUUGCUCUCCCUCUAAUGAGACAGCAUACUCCUUCCCUCCACUCUCUAUUUUUCGUGUCUAUUCGGUCUGCUUCUGACCCCCCUGCCCUCUCAUCUCUCCAGACAGGAGCUGCCCACAUAGUCUCAUGUGUCUACUUGAUCGAAGAAGCUCAUUCUUCACCAGUAUCAUUUUCUAUCCCAUAGUCCGGUCCAAUCCCUGUCUGAAGAGUCGGCUUUGGGAAUGAUUCCUGUCUUGGGCUAACAGAAGAUCUGGGGACUAUGACCGCGGGGGUCCUUCUAGUCUCAGUCAGACCAUUAAGUCUGGUCUUUUUAUGAGAAUUUGAGGUCUCCAUCCCACUGCUCUCCUUCUCCCUCAGGGGUUCUCUGUUGUGUUCCCUGUCAGGGCAGUCACGGUAGUAGCUGAGUACCAUCUAGUUCUUCUGUUCUCAGGCUGAUGUAGUCUGAUUUAUGUGGCCCUUUCAGUCUCGUAGGCUCAUAAUUACCUUGUGUCUUUGGUGUUCUUCAUUCUCCUUUGAUCCAGGUAGGAUGAAACCAAUUGAUGCAUCUUAGAUGGCCGCUUGCUAGCGUUUAAGACCCCAGACGCCGCUUUCCAAAGUAGGAUGCAGAAUGUUUUCUUAAUAGAUUUUAUGACGCCGGUUGACUCAGAUGUCCCCCAAAACCAUGGUCCCCAAACCUCCAUCCCUGCUGCACUGGCCUUUGAGGUGGCACAGCAUGUUUUAAUUAAGAAAUCUCACAGUAUCAAAAUUUACAAAUAUUUCACAUAUUGUACAUAAGUCUGGUCAUUUAAAUGUCUAACAGUGCUUAACUUCAAAAUCUGAUGAAAGGUAUUUCUUUACCAUAAAAAAGUGUCUAAAAAUGGACUUUAAAGUUAAAUCCACCACAAAGGAUAAAGAAGGACACUACGUAAUUAAAGGGACAAUUUACCAGGAAGAUAUGACCAUAUUAAAUGUUUAUGCACCCAGUGACAGGGCUGCAAGAUACAUAAAACAAACUUUAACAGAACUGAAAAGUGAGAUAGACACCUCCACAGUUAUAGUAGGAGACUUCAACACACCACUUUCAGUGCAGGCUAGGACUUCCAGUAAGACGCUCAAUAGAGACACGGAAGAUCUAAUUGCUACAGUCAACCAACUUGACCUCAUAGACUUAUACAGAAAUACAGAACACUCCACCCAACAGCUGCAAAGUUACUUUUUUUUCUAGUGCACAUGGAACAUUAUCUAGAAUAGAUCACAUAUUGGGUCAUAAAACAAACCUUUGCAGAAUCCAAAACAUCGAAAUAUUACAAAGCAUCUUCUCAGACCAUAAGGCCAUAAAAGUAGAAAUCAAUAACAAAAAAAUCAGGGAAAAGAAAUGAAAUAUUUGGAAACUGAACAAUACCCUGCUGAAAAAAGACUGGGUUAUAGAAGACACUAAGGAGGGUAUAAAGAAAUUCAUAGAAUGCAACAAGACUGAAAACACUUCCUAUCAAAACCUCUAGGAUACAGCAAAGGUAGUGCUCAGAGGUCAAUUUGUAUCGAUAAAUGCACACAUACGUAAAGAAGAAAGAGCCAAAAUCAGAGAACUGUCCCUACAACUUGAACAAAUAGAAAGUGAGCAACAAAAGAAUCUGUCAGGGACCAGAAGAAAACAAAUAAUAAAAAUCAGAGCAGAAUUAAAUGAAUUAGAGAGCAGAAAAACAAUUGAAAGAAUUAACAAAGCCAAAAGCUGGUUCUUUGAAAAAAUUAACAAAAUUGAUAAAAACCAUUGGCCAGACUGACUAAAGAAAUACAGGAAAGAAAACAAAUAACCCAAGUAAGAAACGAGAUGGGUGAUAUUACAAAAGACCCAACUGAAAUUAAAAGAAUCAUAUCAGAUUACUAUGAAAAAUUGGACUCUAACAAAUUUGAAAACCUAGAAGAAAUGAAUGAAUUCCUAGAAACACGCUACCUACCUAAGCUAACACAUUCAGAAGUAGAACAACGAAAUAGACCCAUAACAAAAAAAGAGAUUGAGAAGGUAAUCAAAAAACUCCCAACAAAAAAAAGCCCUGGCCCAGACCGCUUCACUGCAGAGUUCUACCAAACUUUCAGAGAAGAGUUAACACCACCACUACUAAAGGUAUUUCAGAGCAUAGAAAAGGAUGGAAUACUACCUAACUCAUUCUAUGUAGCCAGCAUAUUCCUGAUACCAAAACCAGGUAAAGACAGCACAAAAAAAGAAAAUUACAGACCUAUAUCCCUCAUGAACAUAGAUGCAAAAAUCCUCAACAAAAUUCCAGCCAAUAGAAUUCAACAACAUAUCAAAAAAAAUAAUCCACCAUGACAAAGUGGGAUUUAUACCAGGUAUACAGGUAGGUUCAAUAUUAGAAAAACAAUGUAGUCAACAUAUAAAUAAUAAAGACAAAAACCACAUGAUCUUAACAGUUGAUGCAGAAAAGGCAUUUGAAAAAGUCCAACACCCCUUCAUGAUAAAAACUCUCAGCAAAAUAGGAAUUGAAGGAAAAUUCCUCAACAUAAUAAAGGGCAUUUAUACAAAGCCAGCAGCCAACAUCAUCCUAAAUGGAGAGAGCCUGAAAGCAUUCCCUUUGAGAUCGGGAACCAGACAAGGAUGCCCUAUAUCACCGCUCUUAUUCAACAUUGUGCUGGAGGUCCUAGCCAGAGCAAUUAGGCUAGACAAAGAAAUAAAGGGCAUCCAGUUUGGCAAGGAAGAAGUAAAAGUAUCUCUAUUUGCAGAUGACAUGAUCUUAUACAAAGAAAACCCUAAGGAAUCCUCCAGAAAACUACUGAAACUUAUAGAAGAGUUCAAUAGAGUUCAGGUUGCAAGAUAAACAUACAAAAAUCAUUUGGAUUCCUCUACAUCAGCAAAAAGAACAUCAAAGAGUAAAUCACCAAAUCAAUACCAUUCACAGUAGCCCCCAAGAAGAUAAAAUACUUAGGAAUAAAUCUUACCAAAGAUGUAAAAGACCUAUACAAAGAAAACUGCAAGGUACUACUGCAAGAAACUAAAAGGGACAUACAUAAGUGGAAAAACAUACCUUGCUCGUGGAUAGGAAGACUUAACAUUGUAAAAAUGUCUAUUCUCCCAAAAACCAUUUAUACAUACAAUGCACUUCCAAUCCAAAUUCCAACAACGUUUUUUAAUGUGAUGGAGAAACAAAUCACCAACUUCAUAUGGGAGGGAAAGAAGCCCCGGAUAAGUAAAGUAUUAUUGAAAAAGAAGAACAAAGUGGGAGGCCUCACUCUACCUGAUUUUAGAACCUAUUAUACAGCCACAGUAGUCAAAACAGCCUGGUACUGGUACAACAAGAGACACAUAGACCAAUGGAACAGAAUUGAGAACCCAAAUAUGAAUCCGUCCACAUAUGAGCAGCUGAUAUUUGACAAAGGCCCAGUGUCAGUUAAUUGGGGAAAAGAUAGUCUUUUUAACAAAUAGUGCUGGCGUAAGUGGAUAUCCAUCUGCAAAAAAAAUGAAACAGGACCCAUACCUCACACCAUGCACAAAAACUAACUGCAAAUGGAUAAAAGACCUAAAUAUAAAGUCUAAAACGAAAAAGAUCAUGGAAGAAAAAAUAGGGACAACGUUAGGAGCCCUAAUACAAGACAUAAACAGAAUACAAAACGUUAUUAAAAAUGACAAAGAGAAACCAGAUAACUGGGAGCUCCUAAAAAUCGAACACCUAUGCUCAUCUAAAGACUUCACCAAAAGAGUAAAAAGACCACCUACAGACUGGGAAGAAAUUUUCAGCUACGACAUCUCUGACCAGCACCUGAUCUCUAAAAUCUACAUGAUUCUGCUAAGACUCAACCACAAAAAGACAAAAAAAAAAAAAACAAUUAAAAAUUGGGCAAAGGAUAUGAACACACAC